AUGCUGGCACUGCUACAGAAAGGUCAGUCCGCAGGAGCAGGGGAUCGUGAGCAGUGUAGCGAUCGUACCGAGCCAGAAUGGACGGCUAAAUGUGCCGCCUUCUCGUACGCCUUCUUCGCCGAUCCCAACGAGUGCUGGAAGUUUGUGUUUUGCGUGCUUGGAACCCCCAAUAGCUACACGUGCCCCACGGGACAGGUCUGGUCUCAGCAGCAUGGUGCCUGUAUGACCGGCAAUCGCGAAACCUGCGAAGUGUUUGACAUCACUAACAUCUGCCGCGGACAGCCUGAUGGGUUGCAACCACAUCCCGAAAGCUGCACACAGUUCGUACGCUGCACGGAUGGUGUGGCGUCCGCCGAGUCCUGUCCAACGGGAGAGGUUUUCACCGGACAGCAGUGCGUCGUCGGUAAUACGAAUACAUGCGAACCGGAAUCGGACGUGUGCCGUGGUGUAGCAGGGAAUGAUUUGCGGCCACAUCCGAACGAGUGCCAUCUGUUUGUCUUCUGCUCGCCACAAACCGGACCGACGGUACUGAUCUGUCCACCGAAUGAGAUCUUCCGGCCAGACAUUCGUUUCUGUGUUCCGGGUGAUCGUGCAACGUGCGAAUACAGUGGAGUGGAGACGGCCUGCGUUGGACGUCCACCAGGAGUCGUUCCACAUCCGACCUCUUGCCAGCUUUACCUCUCGUGUAAUGGUGGCGUAUCGACCGUAAUGUCCUGUCCCGCCGGGUCCAUCUUUAAUCCUCAAACGGGAUCGUGCGCCAUCGGUGAUGCGGAGACCUGCCUCGUGACCGAAGGACUCUGCACCGGUCAACCGGAUGGGUUAGUGCUCGAACAUCCGUUCUACUGCAGCAUGUACCUUCUCUGUCAGGGAGGUCAGGCAGUGAUUCUCGACUGUCCACCGGGAGAAAUCCUUCGUGUCGAGUCCCAGUUCUGCGUCCCCGGUGAUAUAGCAUCCUUGUACAACAAUAUCUGCGUUAACCAACCAACCGGACCGAUCCCGAAUCCGGCGACCUGCACCUGCCUACCGGGCAAUACGGUUACCUGCGAGCUGAUCGAUGGGGUGUGCGCCAAUCAACCGGAUCAAACGGUCGUUGAGCAUCCCAACAUCUGCAGUCACUUCAUCUGGUGUAUGGGAGGUGGAGCGCAGGUUAUGCCGUGUCCUGAUCGCGAGAUCCUUCGUCCUGACGCUCAGUUCUGUGUACCGGGUGAUGCCAGCAGCUGUACCUUCGAUCCGGUGGACCGAACGAUCUAUCGUGUUUCAACGCAAUCCUGUGUGGCCGGCAAUGGCGAUACGUGCGAGUUCCUCGAUGACUUCUGCGUUGGACGUCCGGAUGCGGUACUACCCCAUCCGGAAGGUUGCGCUCUGUUCCUCAUGUGCACAUCGGGCGUCACGACGGCUCUCCAGUGUCCGGAAGGGGAGAUUCUGCAUCCCGAGCAUCUGGUGUGUGUGGCCGGAAAUGCCGAGGAUUGCUCGCUAUCCCCGAUCACCACCGAACCGCCCAUCAUCUCCGUCUGCGAGGGACGACCGGAUGGAAACUACACGCACCCACUGCUGUGCUAUCUGUUUAUCCGUUGCACGGCCGGUGUGACCGAGAUUAUGACCUGUCCCCCGAACCACAUCUUCCUCGGUGCCCUGCGCGAUUGUGCACCUGGCGAUCAGAGCACAUGUAUUCCCUUCUGA